UCUCUCUGCAUGACUUGUCGCGCUUUGAGGUUAGGAAUCGACAUAUCGAUCAGAGCACUGGCGCCGUUUCGGUAGCAACAAAGAUGUAAGAAUACUCUUGUUAUGUUGACACCUCGGUGGAUUACUUUAUUCUUCGUGUUUGUCAAGUCGUGAGGCAAUUUGGCCUUGUACAUUGCUAUCCCGCUACAAUGAAACAUUAAUCACGUUCCCGAAGACAUGGCGCAGUCUAUUCUCGAUGCAUUGACAGGUGUCUCAUUAGAUGGUUCUUCUGUACAAUCCCUGUUAGAAUCUCAGACUUUAAUAGCUGAAGUUGAACAGUCAGCAAUUGAUCAAGAUGAGGAGGACAUAUUCCAGUGUGGCAAGUGCAAGAGCCAGUUUACAUCAUUGCAGAUGUUUAUACUCCAUAAGAGAACACAUCAGAAAACACAGCAGCAGACUGUGGAUCUGUCUCAGUUUCUGACAAACGACGAAAGUCAAGUGAUGCAUACAGAAGAUGAUGUUCAAGAUGAGUCUCAAUACAAUUCACAAGAGACUUUUCAACUUGGUGAACCAAUUAUCCUCGAAGAAACAGAUAUGUUAUUUAGUGUGGAUCAGGAUUCCACUAAUUAUUUCACAGCAGAUUCCACAUUCAGUGUGCCCAUCAUUUUAAGUACUGAGAACCUAGAUUCUUUUGAUGGAGCCUCCAUCGAAGGGACGAAAGAAGAUUCGAACGAAGUGCCAUCAUUACCACUGCAAAACGAUAUCUCUCAAGAGGACGCUUCGAGUCAGCCCGAGCAUCCGAGUGCCUCAUUGACGGAUAAUGAACCAUCCUUGACGGACAAUGAACCACCAACCUUGGAGGACGACAAGCCGUCGCCCUUGGAGGACCAUGAGGCCACCUUCGAGGAUAACGACACAUCCUUCCAGGAUUAUUCAUCCAAUGAAUUGGAAAAUGACCAAUUUGGCCAAACACAGAACUUAAAGUACAAGUGCGGCUAUUGCAACAAGCAGUUUGCAAAGAAGUUCUAUUGGCAGCAACAUGAACGCUCUCACACUGGUGAAAAGCCCUAUCAAUGUGUAGUGUGCGGUCGUGCGUUCGCACAAAAGUCCAAUGUAAAGAAACAUAUGUCCUCGCACAAAGUAUGGCCUGGCACCGCGAUACACUCGUUACCACCUGAGGCGCCUCCGGAUGGAAGCAUCGACCGCACAUAUCACUGUCAGUUCUGCAGAGAGACGUUCGACUCGUACAAAGCUCUGAAAGGCCACCUGAUCGUCUCGCACCUGGCGCUAAAAGUGUAUAAGUGUGUACAAAGUAGUUGCAGUAUGAUGUUCUCGGAGCUGGAGGAUUUCUUGGAGCACACGCGUAGUCACAAGUGCUCUGAGUAUCGGUGUCACGUGUGCGGCGAGGUAUUUAACACUCUUUCGGACCUUGGCCGCCACCAGUACGUCCACUCCGUCCAGAAGCAGAAGACCACCGAGAAGUACUACUGCUGUACAGUCUGCAAGUCGUCGUUUUCAAACUUGGAAGCACUGCAGCAUCAUCAGGAGACCACCACACACGAUUAUGUGUGUUUACAUUGCGGCAAGAGUUUUCUUGUUGAAAGAUUCCUACGCCGUCAUCUUAAAACCCAUUCAACGUCGGCAAGAUUCGCCUGCGAGGACUGCGGCAAGGCCUUCAAGACGGAGCAGUACUUGGCCAAUCAUAAGUUAAUACAUAGCGAGGAGACACCUUUCGCCUGUCCGCAUUGCUCAGCCCGAUUCAAGCGAAAAGAUCGGCUGGGUCGUCACAUGCUGAUCCACGACCUAACUAAAAGACUCAAGUGCCCGUUUCGCGGCUUUCUAGGCUGCAUGAGCGAAUUCUCGCGACCGGACAAACUUAAACGGCACUUGUUGACGCACAACAAUGUCAAACGGUUUAGUUGCAGCCAUUGCAACCGCAAUUUUCAUCGGGCGCAAGCGCUUAAACAUCACGAAAUGAACAAACACAGUCUUAAGUGUGACAUUUGCUCUCACGCAUUUAAAACUAAAGAGCAGUUGGUCACUCACAAUUGCGAGCAAUCGGGGGAGACUAAGAAACACACGAGCUCUCAGCUGCCGAAGAAAGCGUCUGGAUCGUUCAAGCCGAGGAAGCCCACCCCAAAAAGACAAACCCAAAGUUGGAUAUUACCCAACUCUGGACAAGCCCUAUCAAAGACUGCAGUCGCGCUUGUCGACAAAGAGAAGGUGGAGAAACUUAAGGCUGACGAAAUACAAAGAAAAACUAUCUCUGAAACAUUCAGGUCCGACGACUUCAACGAAGAGCUCUGUGCGAAAAAGCCUGGAAAUACGGUUUUGGCGUCGAAGCAAACUGAAUCGACGACCGGUGAUUCCAGAGUUGAGGAAUCCGACUCGCCAGUGGUCGACUUCGAGGAUGAUUUCAAGUGUGAAAUGGAGAUGUACUCGUCACACCCGAGCGAGUAAAGUUUUGCAAUACAUAUACAUACAUGCGUAUAUAUAUAUUUUUUUUAUUCAUAUUUAAAUUAUAUAUCAACUAUAAGACGUAAACACCAGUCGUCUCGUAGCACGUGCAAUGAGAUCAUGAGCGAAGCAAUUCGCAAGUUGCAUUUUAUAUUCGUGUACGAUAUUUUGUAGUUUACAUAUCUGUGAUAAUUGUAUUAUAAACGAUUUAUCGAUAUAAGUAACUUAUAUACAACACGUACACAAACAUACACACACGCACACAUCGAAGAUGUGCGAUCUCGUCGACGUGUGAUUUCGUCUACCACGGUAAACGGCACGAUGAUGCAACUACAACUCUCUAUGUCGGUUACAAUCAAUACACCGAAAAUAUCCUUCGAGACGUUACCGUUCGUCGAAUUUUUCUAACAAUAGACUGUAAUGCAUCACACGCGACAUACCGAAUUGUAACGAAACGUUUGAUAUAGCGCGAUAUCUCUUUAAUUUAUUUGUUGUUAGAUAAUAAAUCUAUCAGAAAUCGCAAAUUCGAAACGUGUAAAUAAGUCUUAAGAAAGAAUAUCAUUUUUAUAUAAAAUAACCGAAAGCUUAUUGCAACCGUCUUC